ACUGUAAGAGGCCGCCAGCGCCAAACCAGCUCUGAAUCCCUAGAAGAGAGAAAUAGAAAAGUAAGCGAAAAAGAAUACUCAGAAUUCGAAACGCAAGUUUAUACUUUGCUUCUUGGGCUUCCAAUCCUCCAUACUCGACUUUCAGAAUCAGAGGUCGCCAUUAGCUAUCUGCUCUGGCUUUACAGGUCAGCUUAACAAAAUGUUUUGGGGAGUCAUUCGCCGCAAAGUUGUUCCGGUGGUUGGACGGUCAGCGUCAAAGGUUAGGCCUUCAAUCAGCGGCCCAGGACGUUACAACACUACACAAAAUGAGGCUUUGAUCUAUGGGAUCAGCUCUCAACAUGUGCAAAGCUUCAAUUAUGGCAAAUUCUUAGGAAGUCGUGUUUAUUCAAAGCCAGGGAGAGACAUCAAUGUGGUGCUUCAACCAGAGUAUUUUAUCCGACCAAGUCAUAGAUCAUAUUCUUCAGGCAAUGCUGAAGGAGACUUGGUGGAGGCUGUUGUCCCUUUCAUGGGUGAAUCUAUUACUGAUGGCACCAUUGCAAAAUUCUUGAAAAAUCCUGGUGACAAAGUUGCUGUUGAUGAGCCAAUUGCGCAGAUUGAAACAGACAAGGUGACAAUAGACGUGGUUAGUCCUGAAGCUGGCACUAUUCAAAAGUUUGUAGCCAAGGAAGGUGAUAAUGUGGAAGCAGGUACCAAGGUUGCUGUAAUUUCAAAAUCAGGUGAAGGGGCACCACAAGCUGCACCAUCGGAAAAAUCAUCUCCUCCACCUCCUGCAGCAGAGGAGAGUGCAGAUAAGAAAAUACCUAAAGCAGAAUCCUCCCCUGUCAAGAAGGAUAGAUCACCUUCGGCACCACAGCCUGCAGUUCAAGCCCCUUCACCUCCUAGAUCCGCAUCGUCAGAACCUCAGCUUCCUCCCAAGGAUAGGGAGAGACGAGUUCCUAUGACAAGACUGAGGAAACGAGUGGCAACCCGCUUGAAAGAUUCUCAAAAUACGUUUGCUCUGCUGACUACAUUCAAUGAGGUCGAUAUGACCAACCUGAUGAAGCUUCGUUCGGAUUAUAAAGAUGCCUUUGUCCAAAAACACGGAGUUAAAUUGGGAUUUAUGUCAGGAUUUGUUAAAGCUGCUGUAAGUGCACUCCAAAGUCAGCCAGUGGUCAAUGCCGUCAUUGAUGGAGAUGAUAUCAUUUAUCGAGAUUACAUUGAUAUCAGCAUUGCUGUUGGCACUGCUAAGGGACUUGUUGUUCCGGUUCUUCGCAAUGCCGAAAAAAUGAACUUUGCAGAGAUAGAGAAGGAGAUCAGUACCCUGGGAAAGAAAGCGAAUGAAGGUACUAUAUCCAUUGAUGAUAUGGCUGGAGGUACAUUCACAAUAUCCAAUGGUGGCGUGUAUGGAAGUCUUCUAAGUACGCCAAUUAUCAACCCCCCACAGUCAGCUAUCCUUGGAAUGCACUCUAUAGUGACACGUCCAAUGGUUGUGGGAGGCGAUAUAGUCCCCAGGCCAAUGAUGUACAUUGCGCUAACAUAUGAUCAUCGGCUGAUUGAUGGAAGAGAGGCCGUCUUUUUCUUGCGCCGCAUCAAAGAUGUUGUGGAGGACCCACGAAGGCUUCUUCUUGACGUGUGAAGAAAGCUCUGCUGAUAGAAUGAAUUGCAGCUUUGCAUGAGAUUCAGGAUACUUUUAUUGAAUAAACUUUUCAGAUGUCGAAAUUUUGUAGGCAUAAUGUGUCUUAUUAAUCUGAAAGCUAAGAAAAUUGUUCGAAUUUCAAACAAAGAGGCUCUUUUGCAUCGCGUCUCGAAGGAUUUGGGUUGAGCUGAUGCUUGGAUUUGUUUUUGGUUGCUGAAAUGGUGAACCAGUAAGCCCAUGGGCCCUAGAAUGGGCUUUUGUUUAUUGGUUUUUAACGCUUUUGUUAUAUAAUUUCAUUUGGUGAA